CCACUUCUAACGAGUGACACAGAGCUGUACAGAGGUGAAGUGUGGGAUAGAUUCACAUCCAGACAGACAACAUCUUGUAAAACCAUGGCAGUACUAUCCUCAACAUAUCUCAUCUUAGUGAACUACUUUGGGAGGUUAAUGAAUCAAUUUAUCAUCUCCAGUGAUAACUGCUCACCUUCUGUCUACUUUCAAAACAACAUGGUCUGUGUUGAUUAUGACCACUGUGAUAUGGAUCGAGUCAUUCAAAUCAAAGACUGUUCAGGGGCUGUAGCGUGUCAAGAUGUACCUGUGGGUUUGCACUGCCAAUGUGUCAAAGGAGAAAAUUCCUUUUUAGCAGAACUUUCCAGUUUGUCACCAAGCUGCAGAGAGAUUGACCAGCGUUACAUCAACAAUACGAUGGUCUUGAACUCUAAAUUUUGUCCACCUGGAUACUAUUUUGAGAGGAGAAUGUUCUGCUUUGAGUGGGCUUGUGAUCUGCAAGAUGAUGUUAAGAUUAACUGGUGUACGAUAAAUAGACGAUGUUUUGAUGCCCCUAAUUAUCUCUAUUGUAAAUGUAGGCAAGUGUUUCAAUCAAUUAAAGCACAGAUGGAUGCAAGUUCACAAAGGUGCAUAGACGUUGACGAGUGUCUUCAAAAUCCAUGUGGUUCUGAGCAAGUCUGCACAAAUAAACCUGGAAGCUACAGUUGUGAUAACAACACCUGCAUUGAUCAGAAUCAAUUUAACAUAUCACAGUGCAGUUUCAUUCACUGGGACCAGCAGAUUCAGACUCCCUGGUAUACAUUCCACAAAUAUUGUUCUGAGGUUAAUUCGAUUGUUGUUCUCGUGAAUGAGCAGUGUCAGGCUCGGAAUGGUGAGCCUAUAUUUCAGAAAAUUCUUUCCAUUGCAAGUGAACUACUAAGGAAUGACUCCUUAUGGGAGAACUUGGAAAAUGAAGAACGGUUUUAUUUGGCUUCUAUAUUCCUGAAAUCAGUGGAAAACACUGCAAUAGUUGCCAGUCUAGAUUUACCUGAUCAAGGAAGGAGAAUUGUAUCAACUGAAAAUAUCGAUCUGGAAAUACAAAACUUUCAAGGGAAAAGUGCUUCAGACCCUGAUAUAAUCAGACUCCAGACAAAGGGCACCUUUAUAGAUGUUAGUCGAAGUAGAAUCAACAGAGAUAAAACAAUGGGGACAGAUAUUGCUGUGGCAGCUUUGAUCGCCUUCAGCAACAUGGAUUCCAUCCUGAAUAGAAGUGUUUACAAUCUUGGGACCACUGCUGGAAAACUAAAGCCAUUCCAAUUGAUUUCAGAUGUAUUUUCAGCUAUUAUAAUCAAUAACCACGGCAAUGGAUUUGACCAGAUGCUGAACUUCACUAUCAAACACACCGAGGAAACUAAAGUUAAUUCGGAAUUGCACUGUGCCAACUGGAAUUAUGCAUCUGGGAAAAGCUAUUGGUCUCCCAAAGGGUGCAUUAGGGGAGUUUCCAAUGGGACUCAUACUCAGUGUCGAUGCAGUCAGCUGUCCAGCCUUGCUCUGCUGUUGACCCAUUUUGAAUGGCAGACAGAGCCUUUUGCCCUCACUGUGAUUACAUUUGUUGGAAUCCCAAUAUCGCUCAUGUGUCUUGCUGUUGCUUUUGGAAUUUUUGCGUUUUGGAAGGAUCUUAAGAGCACGUUAACUGCCACCCACAUGCACCUGUGCCUGAAUCUCUUCCUGGCCGAGCUGCUCUUUCUAGUCGGAAUCAACCAAACCAAAAACCGGGUUGUGUGUGGGAUUAUAGCAGGAUUUUUACACUAUUUGUUCCUGGCCGCGUUUGUUUGGAUGUUUCUGGAGGGUGUCCAGCUCUAUGUCAUGGUCAGAAACAUCAGAAAAUUGAGGAUCACCCAUUUGGAAAAAAAUGGGAAGUUCAUGUAUCCUCUUGGCUACGGGGUUCCUGCAGUAAUUGUGGCUGUUUCUGCUGCAGUGUAUUGCGAUGGCUAUGGGUCACCCAGGCACUGCUGGCUACAAACACAUAGAAGAUUCAUUUGGAGCUUCCUAGGGCCUGUUUGUGCAAUAAUUGGGAUCAACACAUUCCUUUUUCUCUUAACUCUUUGGUCUUUGAAAAAAUCAGUUUCUGAGCGUGACGUUACAGUGUCAAAACUUCAAAACACAAGGAUGUUAGCAUUUAAAGCCAUCACGCAGGUGUUUCUCCUGGGCUGUAGCUGGAUUCUUGGCUUGUUCCACUUUCGUGAAGAAACCCUGGUAAUGGCCUAUUUAUUCACCAUCGUCAACAGUUUCCAGGGCACCUUCAUCUUCAUCAUCCUCUGUGUGUUAAAUCUCAAGGUGAGGGUGCAGUGCCAGAAAUGGUUUUCCAUGCUAUUCAAAAUGAAGAGAAUCAUGUCGCCCAAGAAUAUAGCCACAAUCAUGCCAAAGAAUACCAGGGUGAGCUCAGGGUUAUGAAGAACCUACUCUUGUCUCACCCACUGUGUGAGAUAGACCUGACGGAAGAAGAAGUGAAGACCAUCAUUCAUUUGCUUUGCUGCAGUGAUGUGGAUAGACUUUUCAUUGCUACUUGAAUUGACUGGUAUUUGUACCUUGGAGCAUAUGCAUUACAGACAAGAAUCUCAUUUCUCACAACAGAUGCAUGGAAAUGCCACCUUCUGGAAGACCCCGCCCCAAAUUUAGUGCUGUCAUAACUAGUGAUUAGGUUUUGGCCAUUCGUUGGUUGUCACUGGCUCAAAACUUUAAAUUCCCAUGGGCUAACAGCAUGUGGGAAAACCUGCAGUGGUUCAAGUAGGUGGCCUGUUACUUGUUUUUGAUGGUAAUUUGGGAUAGACAAUAAUUGCCAAGAGCAACCACAACUCAUUAACAAAUUUGAAACGUUACACAUUACUGUACACAUCCUAAACUGUGAUACACGCUAGGUGGAGGUAUUUGAAGUUUGACAACAAAACAGACUGUUGCAAGAAUGAACCCUUCUCUUGAACCUGGCUUAGAGUAUGGCUCAGUUUGUGAACUCGUUAACCUCUGAGUGAGAAGACUGUUACGUUUAGCCUGAUUCCUAUACCCGACCACAUUACAGUAUCCCUGCAUCUGUUAAGCUAAAGACUGUGCCUCUUUGUUCAGGUGAACAUCAAGGCACUAUCGGAGGAAGAUGUAGCAUCUGUGGAGAAACAGAUUUAUGGGACCUUGUACAGAAAUUAUUAGAAACUAAAAAUAAAUCCAAAAGGCUAAUGAAAUGUUUUUGUUUACAUCAAGAGAGCUGGAAUACAAAAGAAUGAGGUUAAUCUGCCUAUCUGUCUUUACUUAUUUCCAGGACCUCCAUUGGUUUGGCUCAUGUGUAUGGGCAAAGUGCUGCAGUGGUUUGCCAUUGUCUUCUGCAGGAUGGUAGACCAGGAGGCUUUCUCACUCUUACCACUGAUUAGAAGACUAUUGGAAUGAUUCACUGCCUUAUAACCUAUUUAGCCACAAUAUGGAUGUGAUAGCAUUAGGCAUAUGGCUAGCAAAUUCUGGCAUGGGACUCGAGCAUAAUGGACCCUUGAGAUUCAGUGUAGUUUUAUACCUCUCUGGUUAGGCACCAUUUGGAGAACCACAUUCAGUUCAGAGCACUACACUUGAGUGAAGACAUCCUGACAUCAGAGGAAUAGAUUUCAGAUUCCCUAGAAGGAUACUGGAGUUUAAAUGGAUUUCAUGGACAAGAUCAGGAGAAUCAAUUUCUCCUCAUGUGGAGAAUCCAGAACAAGGGGACACAAUCAUAAUGUUUGAGUUUGGUUGUUUUGGUGAGAUACUAGGAAACAGUUCUUCACACAAAGGGAAGUGGCAAACUGGAACUCUUCCUCACCCACAAAAUACUGGAGGAUGAGGAUCAAUUGAAAUGUUUAAGAACUGAUAAUGAUGGACUUUUGUUAGGAAAGGGUAUUAAAAGAUGCAAAUCAAAGAGAGCAAUUGAAAUUAACAUAGAGCUCAGCCUCAAAGUAGCAGACUGGCAGUACAGACUUGAGCGGUUGGAUGACUCAUUCCUGUUCCAGUGAAUUCUUUUGGUGUCAUGGCCAUCCAUCUCUAUUUGCCAUUAAUACUAAAACAGGCCAUUCAUCUCAUUUCCUGUUUGUGGGAUUUUGCUAUGUGCAGUGGGAUGUUUGCUUUGCAAAUGUCUAAAGCAGCAACCAUACCCAUCGUGAAGUGCUUUGGACUUCGCGAGAACGUGCUAUGUGAAUGCAAGAUUUUUUUCUCCCUACUUGCUUUCUGGGAGGUCUUGCUAUGCCUUUUGGCAGCUGUCACAUUAGCCUGCAGAAUAAUAGUUACCAGACUCUGAAAAUAAUUCAUUGUUCAAGAAGUCUUGAAUUGUGAUGAGUUUUUGUGUAAAAAGAAGUGUUUUAUUCAUCCAGCUAAUAACCAAUGCAUUUACAAUGCAUUAGAAGUUGCUAGAAUAUUCUCUAACACCAGCUGAGACAUGAUUACAUUUAGAUUUGCUUUAUCAACCCCACUGGAGACUCAACUUUCUUUGUAUGCCUUAAUAUUGACAUAUACAGUGUUGUAGAAAUUUUUAUUUCUACUAAUAUUGAGACUUGACUCCAGCUCUCGUUCGAAGCAGUUUUAUUUUCUUACUUGGUACCAAGGAAAGUGAGUGUCGAUCUCCACCGACACCCGACUCUGCUAACACAGUGUACAACAAUCUCAUUUAUACAAUUAACUUCAGAGCAGUAUGUUCCCGUGACAUCUUGUGUUUGUUGAUUCACUCAUUGUAAGUUUAAAGAAAACAGACACUGCUCGAGAUAACAGGAAUGCUGUUUCACAGAUACCUCAAUAAUUACUUUUUCAAAUGACCUUCGGCAUGCAGCUAGCAUGGGGAGUGAUAAACGGUUUGAUUGAACUCUAGCUUAUCAGUAACUAGGCCCCACGGGGAUACAAGGGACAUCUCUAAUUCAUCCUAAAACCUUGGUAUAGUGACAAUAUAUCAAGAGAUCCUUCUCUAGCUCUAGCUAAGAAAACAUGCACAUAGUGAUAACAUAGUCUGAGUAACUACCUCCCGACUUCUGCUAAAGCUCAUUAAAAUCCCACAUGCUAAACUAAUUAAAAUUCUUUCUCUAUGCCAUCAGUUUCUCCCAUGUCUGCCUUUUCUGUCUUGGGCUAAAUUCCCAUCCACCCUUGCGAUGUAAUUUCUGUCUUGGCCUAAAUUCCCAUCUACCCUUGCGAAGUAAAAUUUUUCUUCCACAUACAGGCAUGUGGGCCAGUGCAGCUAGCAUCAAUGGUGAAAUCCAUUUCCACAGGCUGAGUGAUGAGGAAGGGAGGAUUCUGGUGGCUGAAACUCAUUCAACUGGUGAUAAACUGAUGAAGUGGCCUUUGUAAUUGUAGUGUUGGGCAACAGUGUAAAUGUAACUUGAAUAAACCUCCACAUCCUCAGUAUACAGACCUUUAUCAGUAAUGUGACCCUUGCAAUUAGCCUUGCAGUCACUGUGAUAUCUGCUUAAUGGAAGAGGCACGACUGAAUGCUGACUGGAUACAUGCCAGUCUUUUGGCCUGGGAGAUCAAUUAUUGGAUCAGUAAUUCCACUGCCAUUCAUCUGAGUCCUUGGAGUUGCACAGGGUAGUGUAUAUGUCCAUUUUCUACCACUUCAUCAAUGACCUUCCCUGUGCUGUGGAGUAGAUAAUUUUUGAAUCAGUCUAUUCAGAGAUGUUACUACAUAGCCCUGGAGUACAUUGGACUUGAAACCAGGCCUGUCGCCUUAGAUGUAAGGACAUUACCACUGCCGACUGUGUCAGUAUUCCAAGGGAGUUUCCCACCUAAGUACUAACCAGGCUUGAGUCUGCUUAGCUUCCGAGAUCAGAUGAGAUUGGGCAUUCUCUGUCUAGUGUGUGAUGGUAUAUCUCUGGAGCAGGUGCGACUUAAACCCAGUCCCUAUGGCUCACACCUGGGGACGCUACCAAUGCACCACAAGAACCUGAUUCUGUUGUGGAAUACCUAAAGACACCCAGUGUGAGUCAGCUGUGAAGUGAGUCAGGUGGCAGUUUACGACUGUGAUGUCAGGAAUGUGCUGAUAAUCAAGUCCCACAACUCCAUCAAACAUACCAUUCGUAUAAAUGUGUUAAUGUAAUCACCAAUAUGGCCAAUUGAUUCCCUUGUACUCCAUUAUUUAGAGAAGAAAACACUUUCACCAGCCUUCUUGAAUGAACUCAAGAAUAAUCCAUUUAUUACAAACAAAACUUAAUCCUAAAGCCAUUGUAAAACUAGUUAACAACUACAUACAUUAUAAACUGUAAUCAGAACUCUAUCUCUGUCAUCCCUGACAAAAACACAUUCACACGACUGAAAGUGACCACAAACUCUGCAGUGAUGGUAUUAACAAAGACACACAAAGAGAAAGAGCAGUCUUGUUGAUCAGUGGUCACUGAUACAAAGGAUAAUGUUUGAUGAGCCUUUUCAGAAACCAUGAUUGUUUUGGAUGGAACAAAAUCUGUGACAGCAGCGAACCGAUGGCAAAUUCUUCAUAACAGGCUUUAGUUUGGAUGGAAAUCCAAUUAGAGAUGAGUUUUUGAGUAAAAGUUACUGCUGAUCCUUUUUAUUAGGGUUGGGAAAAGUAGGCCAAAUAUUGAAUAGUGGAACUUUAUAAAGAAAGGAUUCCGAAAUUCAUGCAGGAGUGAGUGAGUGAUGGAGCUUUGCCAUUUGCAUAUAGCUGCUGUACCUUUUUCCCAAGUGCCUGGAAUGUUGUUACUCUAUCUCUGCCCUUCCCCUGGUGUUCGACACAGAAACACGGUGCAGCAAGGUUUGCUCAGCCACAGCCUCCUCUAAAUAGUGCACUGUCUCCUGGUGUUUUCCACACAGUCAACAAAUAUAAAUGUGUAUUCCCGUCAAUACAGGCAUACUAGUGGGGGAGAAACACUCAGAUCAUUCUGAGAAGUAUUUCAACAAUUCAAAGGAUUUCGACUACAUUUUUACUAUUUCUUGUGACAUUGCUUGUAAGGUUUCUUCAUAAACUACAAUUAUAUAAUGAAUCACAUGCCUAUGUUUAUACUCUGUGUUCUUUUCACUGCCUGUAUAAAAAACAUGUUGUUGUGUCACUCACCAUUUUGACUCGGGAGUAUAUCACCAUUCAUUCUCUGUUGCUGGGUCAAAUUUCUGAAAGUUACCCAACAACACUCUGGGUAUCCUUACCCUACAGACUGCAGCAAUUCAUGAAGGCACUUCACCCCAAUCUUCUCCAGGGCAAAUAGGAAUGGGCAAUAAAUGCUAGACUAGCCAGUGAUGCCCAUAUCCUACGAAUGAAUAUCUAUAAAAUACUUUCUCAUGUACCCUCAUCUCCUAUGCUAUGAUCCCCUCAAAUUCCUGUUUCUUUCUUUGGUCUUUCUUUCCUGUCAUGAAACUGUGAUUUCAUAUUAAAAGUUAUAAAUGUCACAAAAA